CUUGGCAAAGGGCGGAAGUUUUCGUGGGGGGAGGCGGCAGGAACCGUUACACCUGGCGGCGGGCCGCGGGGGGGUCUAGCGCGGCUGCGCGCCGGCCGCCGGCCGUCCCUGGGAUGAGCUGCCUGCUGCCCAGCACCGCGCUGCUCAUGGGGCUGCUCCUCGCCAGGACCAUGGCCUGGACUUCCAGCGGGAAAACACACCCGGAGCUGGUCAACAACCUCUACAAAAAAGGGAUAAUUAAAUCCCAGCGAGUCUUUGAUGUGCUAUUGGCUACUGACAGAGGUCACUACAUCAAAUAUUUCCCAUACAUGGAUUCUCCUCAAUCUAUUGGAUACAAGGCUACAAUCAGUGCACCACAUAUGCAUGCCCAUGCACUGGAAUUGCUAAAGGAUCAGCUUGUGGAAGGUGCCAAAGCGCUGGAUGUUGGAUCUGGAAGCGGAUACCUUACAGCGUGCUUUGCCCGGAUGAUGGGCCCAACAGGGAAAGCUGUGGGUGUAGAGCACAUUAAAGAGCUGGUACAUGAAUCCAUCAGAAACGUCCAAGAAGAUGAUCCGACUUUGCUUAGCUCUGGCCGUGUAAAGCUUGUGGUUGGAGAUGGCAGGCAGGGAUACCCUGAAGAGGCUCCUUAUGAUGCCAUUCAUGUGGGAGCAGCAGCAGCAACCGUACCAAAGGAGUUGCUGAAUGAAUUGAAGCCAGGAGGCCGGUUAAUAUUGCCUGUUGGUCCUGAAGGUGCAAACCAAGUUCUGAUGCAGUAUGACAAAACCAGCGAUGGGCAGAUCAUCGAAACGCAACUGAUGGGUGUGAUCUAUGUUCCUCUGACAGAUAAGGAAAAGCAGUGGCCUCGGGAUGAAUUCUGAUGGAUGAAUAUCUCUAAAGUGACCUCAGAAAGCUCACGAAUGGGACUUGUGGCUGUAGAUGGCCUGUAUGGUUUUGCCUGUUGAACGGCAGCUUUAUCGGUGGACGUGCCUGCAAAAGGCAGGCGGUGCCUUAGCAGGGCUCCUGACGAGGGAUGGAGAAAAGGUGUUUCUCCAGCAGCAGGCCCAGGGGAGGCUCUCGGGGCCAUGCCUGCUCCCAGAGAGUGAAUGGAUCCAGGUAACUCCAGCUCUGAUAAGCUAUAGAUAACAGCUGUUCACAGAGAAUUCCAAAAGCAGACAGGAAUUCUUAAACCUUGGCUAAAAUAUACCCUUUAAUAUUGACUACUCUGCCUAAUGCUUUGAGAAAAUAAGACACAGUUACUGUUCUGGAGCAGCAAUGUACCCUGAUUUGUCAAAGUUUAAUUACAAAAGCAUGUUCUCUU